AUGAGCAAUGGCACGGGUGCAGACGAGGACCACAGCAGUACGAGCAGGUCGACUUUGAAGACAGCGGCCGACUGUCCACCAACGACGCGUCCGGUCAGCGUAGCCAUUGACCCCGUGGCCCUGAUCAUCACAGAAUGUAUCACCGUCACCUCGGCCAUGCGCAAGCAUGCGCGCUGGGCCCAGUCGUCGGUAUCAGCAAUUCUGGGCGGCGGCGCUGCUAGACGCCCACCCUCGUCCCUCGGCUCUCUCAGUGUGGGCGACGAUAGCGAUGGUGGACAACUGGCUACACGAUGGGGUCUUCGUGGCAAGAAGGGAAAGAGCAUACAAGACAACCCGUUGCUUUCUGCCUUUGCACGUCUGCGCAGUCAACUCAAGGGCUGCAGAGACAUUCGCACCGUCGACACUCCCUCCAUCCUCCAACCUUUCUUGCAGGUCAUCCGUUCCUCCUCUACUACCGCUCCUAUUACCUCGCUGGCCUUGAUUGCAAUUACCAAAAUGCUCUCCUACAAUGUCGUCAGCCCAGGAAUGCCCAACUUCCCCUACGCCAUGAUGCUUUUAUCUUCAAGCGUGACAAAUUGUCGCUUCGAGGGAGACAACACUGCAUCAGACGAUGUCGUCUUUCUCCGUAUCCUCAAGCUGAUGGAGAUCAUCAUCACCGGCCCUUCGGGAGAAGUCCUUGGCGACCAAAGCGUCUGUGCUAUGAUGGAGUGUGGUAUUUCGAUAUGCUGUGCACUGCGCAUGAGCGAGGUAUUACGUCGUUCGGCUGAGAUCACCAUGGUUACCAUGUGUCAGACCAUCUUUCAGAGAUUGACUCAUCUCGAGUCCUUGCCUGGAGAUGACAAUCAGAACGAUCAAGACGACUUCAAGAUUGAGUCCAGCACUACCCAGAUUGGCUCGACGCCCGCUCAGGACACCCUCACUUCAGGAAGUCUAGAUGUCCCUCGUGUGACCAGUAGUGAAAGACCGUCUGCAGAAUUCAACGCCAGCCAGGUCGAUCUAACCAAAGCAACCGAAACCACCGACAUUCCCGAUAUUAAUCCAUAUGGCUUGCCAUCCAUCAGAGAGCUUUUCCGCACUCUGGCUGAGCUUCUUGACCCUCACGACAGACAGUACACUGAUACCAUGCGAGUCAUGGCUUUACGUAUUGUGAACGUCGCUCUUGAAGUUGCCGGUCCCUCAAUAGCUUACCACCCAUCUCUAGCCUCGCUGGCAAAGGAUACUCUGUGUCGCAACCUCUUCCAGCUUGUGCGCUCUGAAAACAUCGCCCUCCUCCACGAAUCCUUACGCGUUGCUGGCACCCUGCUCGCAACUUGUCGCAGUGUACUACGACUUCAACAAGAGCUCUAUCUCUCAUACAUUGUUGCCUGCUUGCAUCCUCGCGUACCAAUUCCCGAUGAACCAAACAUCAACCCUGCUCUUUAUGAGGGUGUACCACAGGCUCCACGACUUGUCAAACCAGCCGCAUCUGCUUCGCAAAGUGGCCGAUCCACUCCGGUACCGGUCAAGGAUAGACAAAAGCUCGGCUUGGAGGGUGGUUCCCGGAAGCCCGACGCUAGAGAAGCUAUGGUGGAAAGUGUCGGGGCUCUGGUUAGGAUUCCUAGCUUUAUGGCUGAGCUUUUCGUGAACUACGAUUGCGAGAUCGACCGAAGCGAUUUAUGCUUGGACAUGGUUGGCCUCCUCUCGCGCAACGCAUUUCCAGAUUCUGCUACCUGGAGUACCACCAAUGUGCCACCACUCUGCUUGGACUCACUGCUUGGAUAUGUGCAGUUCAUUGCCGACAGGCUCGAUGAUGAACCUGUGACUGAGGGCUUGCCUCAGUUGGAAGCACUCCGUGAGCAGCGGAUUCGCAAACAAAUUAUCAUCCGCGGUGCCACCAAGUUUAACGAAAAUCCUAAGGCAGGUCUUGCUUAUCUGGCUUCUCAAGGGAUCAUUGAAAACAUAGACGAUUCCAUGUCCAUCACGCGCUUUCUGAAAGGAACAUCACGUAUCGAUAAGAAGGUUCUGGGAGAGUUCAUAUCGAAAAGGUCUAACGAGGCUAUUCUCAAUGCCUUCCUGGAUCUUUUCGACUUCACAGGGCAGCGUGUUGACGAGGCCUUGCGCCAAAUACUGAAUUCCUUCCGUCUCCCCGGCGAGUCACAGCUAAUCGAGAGAAUCGUCACAGUCUUUGCCGAGAAGUAUUGCGACAAGACUGAGCCUGAGGGUAUUGCGGACAAGGACGCUGUAUACGUUCUGACAUAUGCAAUCAUCAUGCUUAAUACCGAUCAGCACAACCCAAAUAUGAAACAAGCGCGAAUGGGGGUGACUGACUUUGCUCGCAAUUUGCGUGGUGUGAAUGGAGGAAAAGAUUUCGAACCAGACUACCUCCAAGGGAUUUAUGAUUCGAUCAGAACCCGGGAAAUCAUCUUGCCAGAGGAGCACGACAACAAGCACGCCUUCGAACAUGCGUGGAAAGAACUCCUAAUCAAGACUCAGACUGCGCAAGAUCUCGUCCUAUGUGAUACCAAUAUCUACGAUGCGGAUAUGUUUGCAGCCACAUGGAAGCCUGUUGUCGCGACUCUCAAUUACGUCUUCAUGUCUGCCACUGAUGAUACCGUAUUUCAGAGAGUCAUUUCUGGCUUUGACCAGUGUGCCCAAAUCGCGGCCAAGCAUGGGCUUCAUGAUUGCCUCGAUCACAUCAUAGCUUCUCUUGCACAAAUCAGCACCCUAGCCACAGAGACGCCACCCAGCACUGCUCUCAACACUGAAGUACAGGCAAAUGGCAAGAGUAUCAUGGUGAGCAAAUUUGCAGUUGACUUCGGUCGAGAGAACAAAGCUCAGCUUGCUACUCUUGUACUAUUCCGCAUCAUCAACGGCCAUGAGGCCACAAUCCGAAAUGGCUGGAGCCAUAUCACUCGGAUCAUCCUCAAUCUCUUCAUCAACUCUCUCAUCCCCAACACCCUAUCCACAUUGACCUCCAAACUUGAUCUUCCGCAUAUCCCACUCCAGAGUCCUGCUCAAGUCAUUGAACGGAAUGAUAAGUCGACUGAUAUCGGUCUGUUCUCAGCUUUCACAUCCUACGUGUCAAGCGUGAUGAAUGAUGAGCCGCCAGAACCGAACGAUCAGGAGAUUGAGGCGACACUUUGCACUGUGGACUGCGUCAGUGCAUGUCGGUUGGAUGAAGUUAUUGCCAACAUCGGCAACAUGCCUCGUCAAUCUCUCGAGGCUUUCAUACAAUCGCUCUUGUCGUACCUGCCACCAGACGAUGUCGAGAAUUCACCCAAAGUCAUCGUCGUGAAACCACCAGUUGCUUCCCCGACCCCUAUACGACCUAAUGGCCAGAAGCUGCAGCCUAAUACUCCAGAUUAUGACCCGGCCCUUGUCUGUGUCCUUGAGCUUGCUACUGUCCUGGCAACGCGUGACCAAGAAUCUAUGUCAUCGAUUGGCAAAGAUGUUGCUCAAACGCUGAAGUCUGUAAUUCAUGAUGCAGAUGGCCUCCAUCCGGUAACAGUCGGUCGAGCGUCUUAUUAUCUUUUGAAUUUGCUCAAAGCCAGUGAUGACCACGAUUAUGUUCGCGCUCCAGUUGUAUUGCAUACUAUCUCAUCCUUCAACCAAGACCUCCUUCAGCGAUGCGGUCCAACUAUAUUGAAGGGUAUGUCCCGGUGCAUCAAAGGCCCUGCAAGUCUGCGGAAAGAGAUGGCAACGUCCCCAGACUUCUGGUCCGUACUUCACGCGCUUCAACCAAAUCCAGAAGCUGCUCCGCUGGCCUUUCAUAUCACCGAAGACAUUGCGACAGGAUCCCCUCAAGCGAUCACUGCGGACAACUACGAAUCAGCCAUUGGUCUACUCAAUACAUUUGCCACGGUUUCAGCAGUCCGUGAACAACGGAGAGAGCCAGCUGCAAGACGAGCCAAACCAACAGCGCCUGAGAAGCGACCAGCACCUGAUGAGGCCACCCUCCGCGGUGUUAGAGCGAUGGCCAUUGUAUCACAAAUGACUGGCCGCGUACCUGCCUUCAUCGAAAAGUCCCAUCUGGAACCUGACGAGGCUUGGCAGGCAUACUGGCUUCCCAUUUUCAGAUGCUUCAUCGUGCAAUGUGUCAGUCCUUCUCGGGAGAUUCGUCAGCAAUCUUUCGCGUCUCUGCAAAGGUGCUUGUUGUCCAAUGAUCUUGCAUCUCCAGAACAUAAAGAGUGGACAAACAUCUUCAGUAAGGUCGUAUUUCCCCUGGUUCAGCAAUUGCUCAAACCAGAAGUGUAUCAGAUUGAUCCUUCUGGUAUGGGUGAGAUGCGUAUACAAACUGCACAACUUUUGUGCAAGAUCUUCUUACAUUAUCUCGUGGUGCUUGGCGAGUGGGAUGGAAUGCACGACUUAUGGAUGGAGAUUCUGGACCUCAUGGAUCGCUUGAUGCAUAGCGGCCAAGGCGACACGCUGGCCGAAGCUGUGUCAGAAUCACUCAAGAACAUACUGCUCGUCAUGUCCAGCGGUGGCUACCUGAAGCGCCCAUGUGAGGAUGAUGAUCAAUCAGAGCAGCAAAAACAGCUGUGGAACGACACAUCGAAUAGGCUACACAAGUUCUUACCAAACUUGAUGCCAGAACUGUUCCCCGAGGCGGAGGCAAAGGCGGAGAAAGAGAAGGGCACAGAAGUAGCACAUGAACAGGUUGAGGCAAAUACGCCUAUGCCUACUGCUGAGGAGAAGAGUCAAGAGGUUGCGUAG